AUGUGGUUAGGCCUAAUUUUAACCAUUUCAGUGCUGGGGAAGAGAGCUGCUUGCCAGAAGAACCAUGACUCUCCUCCAACCUCUGAACCACCUGAAAGGGCAGACGGGCCAGAGGUCAGUAUCUGUAGUGGGAAUAUGGAUAUCAUAACAUGUCUACAUUUAUGAGGGACAGGUGGUUUACACUCAUAUCCACAUUGUUUUUCAGUAUGAAGUGAUACAGCUGGUACCUCCACCAAGAGGACCAAGGCCAGACCGCAUAGCCUCAACUAUUUACUCCAGAGUCCAGUUUCCAAAUCCUGAACUCACAACUAGUGCUUAAUAAGGUGCCAAAUCUGCAUAUACCCUUCCUUUUCAAAUCAUACCUGGGCAAAGUCUGGGUACCAGUCUCUUUUAGCUAUAAUUCCACUCCUUACCUGGGUACCAGUCUCUUUAGCUAUAAUUCCACUCCUUACCUGGGUACCAGUCUCUUUAGCUAUAAUUCCACUCCUUGCCACUCCUGUUAUUUGCCAAAGACAGGAGUGGCAAGGAGUGGAAUGUUAGCUAAAAAGACUAAUACCCAGACAAGGUUGAGGCUAUUGUGAUGCCAUACAAUAAUUAGGAUAUUACUUUGGUGGAUAAUGUAAAUCAACUCUAUGAAUAUACAUAUUUCUAUAUACUGUACUAGAUUUACAUCUAAAUGUAAACGUUUUAAAUAGUUUAACAUUUUAAUGUUGUAUGCUGACAAUGUAGAUGUUGUUUGUGUAAUGUUGAUAUUGACAUAUCCUAUGUUGUUGGUUCAUAUUUCAGUACAUAUCGUGACCUUGUCAUGUCAGAACAAAAACUGUCUUAUAAAACUAAGACCACCUCAAGAUGCAGACCAGAGGUAAGAUACUUUUUGUAGAGCACCUGAACAGUUGCAGAAUUCUCCCGGACCAAUUGAUGAAACUUAACAGUAUCAAAUACUGAAAAGCAUACAACAUAUCAUUACAUAACUUUGACUGUAGCUAUGGUCUUUGUAAAAUAUGAAUUGCAUUGUUUGUUUUUUAAUGAAAUCAACAGCUCACAGCACCAUCAAGAGGAUUACAUUCUGAACUUGUAUCAAUAAUUACUAUUGCAGUAUAAUGCAUGCUGCCACAAGUGCAAGCUAACAACUCCAGCUAGGCCUAGUGUGUUAUUAUAUACAUGAAUGGUCAAUCCCAGGGGCGCAACUUUGGUUUUAGAAGUGGGGGACAUAAACUCUCCAAACAGCCUACCCGACCUUUUUGACACAAUUUCAGAAUGGUGGUGGGACAUGUCCCUCCCCGUCCCCAGUGAAAGUUGCUCCUCUGGUCAAUCCAUUAGUGUAACUAUCUUCUAGUAAAAUGUCAUGAUUACAGUAUUCAGCUGCUGAACUUCCUUUUUGUUCUAAAGCUGUGACUUCUGUGGAAAUGUUCAAUGAAAUUGCAGUGAAAAUCACAGGAACAAAAUAAAUGUAUGACUCAUGGCCCACUCAGUUGAAGGUAAAGUAGAGCAGUAGGUAUGACUCAUGGCCCACUCAGUUGAAGGUAAAGUAGAGCAGUAGGUAUGACUCAUGGCCCACUCAGUUUAAGGUAAAGUAGAGCAGUAGGUAUGACUCAUGGCCCACUCAGUUGAAGGUAAAGUAGAACAGUAGGUAUGACUCAUGGCCCACUCAGUUGAAGGUAAAGUAGAACAGUAGGUAUGACUCAUGGCCCACUCAGUUGAAGUUAAAGUAGAACAGUAGGAAUACUUAUGGACCACUCAGUUGAAGGUAAAGUAGAGCAGUAGGUAUGACUCAUGGCCCACUCAGUUGAAGGUAAAGUAGAGCAGUAGGUAUGACUCAUGGCCCACUCAGUUGAAGGUAAAGUAGAGCAGUAGGUAUGACUCAUGGCCCACUCAGUUGAAGGUCAAGUAGAGCAGUAGGUAUGACUCAUGGCCCACUCAGUUGAAGGUCAAGUAGAGCAGUAGGUAUGACUCAUGGCCCACUCAGUUGAAAGUAAAGUAGAACAGUAGGUAUGACUCAUGGCCCACUCAGUUGAAGGUAAAGUAGAGCAGUAGGUAUGACUCAUGGCCCACUCAGUUGAAGUUAAAGUAGAACAGUAGGUAUGACUCAUGGCCCACUCAGUUGAAGGUAAAGUAGAGCAGUAGGUAUGACUCAUGGCCCACUCAGUUGAAAGUAAAGUAGAACAGUAGGUAUGACUCAUGGCCCACUCAGUUGAAGGUAAAGUAGAACAGUAGGUAUGACUCAUGGCCCACUCAGUUGAAGGUAAAGUAGAGCAGUAGGUAUGACUCAUGGCCCACUCAGUUGAAGGUAAAGUAGAGCAGUAGGUAUGACUCAUGGCCCACUCAGUUGAAGGUAAAGUAGAGCAGUAGGUAUGACUCAUGGCCCACUCAAUUGAAGGUAAGGUAUAGCAGUAGGUAUGACUCAUGGCCCACUCAGUUGAAGGUAAAGUAGAACAGUAGGUAUGACUCAUGGCCCACUCAGUUGAAGGUAAAGUAGAACAGUAGGUAUGACUCAUGGCCCACUCAGUUGAAGGUAAAGUAGAGCAGUAGGUAUGACUCAUGGCCCACUCAAUUGAAGGUAAAGUAGAGCAGUAGGUAUGACUCAUGGCCCACUCAGUUGAAGGUAAAGUAGAACAGUAGGUAUGACUCAUGGCCCACUCAGUUGAAAGUAAAGUAGAACAGCAGAUGUGAGAAAGAGCUCAACAAAAAUAAAAAAAUAAAAGCACAGUGGAAAAUAGCACAUGUAAAUUGUCACAGGCUGUGAUUUUAUAACGGUAUUUGUGCCUGUAAUGCUUGUGCAAGAAUUUGUCUGGCAAGAGGUUGUCUUUUGCAAUACACUUUUAUAAUGAAUGCCUUCACAGGAAUUGUUACCCUGCCAAAGUUGUCUUAAACCAACAACAAAAAAACAAAACUUUGAGAUAAGGUAUAGCCUACACAUGUCCAGUAAAUAAUGUAUAAUGAUUUAGCCAUAGUUUCUGGACCAAUGAUGCAAUAAUCACAAAACUCUUCAGAUGGUCUGUCCUUGAUGACACUUCAUUUUCCCGGUUAUGGCAUGGCAAGGUGUGUGUGUGUGUGUGUUAUGACAGGCUAUAGGUGUUAGUUAAGGCAGGUUCCAGGGCCUGGUGCUAUGGGGUUUACAUAUCAGGGAAAUGGCUCCAUCUACAGGGACUCUACUGGGAUUCCAAAUACCCCCUGUGACAUCAUCCUCUCAUUUCAGUUAGGAGUGCUGUAAACAAACAAACUGUAGUCAGGGAUUUGAGGUGAGGCAGUGUACACAAACAUCUCAGCAACGUCUCUAUAACAUCUCAAGUACCACAUCAAUAUAAUCUAACGUUAAUAUAAUCUGUGUAAUAUAACCUGCACUUUUUAGUCCUUAUGUGUCAUCAUGAUUUUCAGUGAUACACACAGUACUACACAUUUUGACCGGGUACAUUUUAACUGGUUGAACAUUACCAUCUACUGAAAAUAGUAAGCACUGCAGGUGUUCCCACACUGUAUCCUGGCAACCCAACAAAAUAACCAACAGAAACCAGGCAAGAGGCAAAAGCCAUAGCGCAGAAAAGAGGUGGAGAGAGUCAUGGUGGACACCUUAUGCUACCAAGGGAGUCAAGAGGUAAAUCAAGUAAGUCAUCUAGGAGAGAUAAUUUACAUUCUUAAUCCAGCAGCACAUUGUCUUUGAGCACUGUACCAUAAACUUUGGUCCAGUGUGUCACAUCGCUUGUUGGUGCUGUUCAUGAAUCUAAGGAGCUUCUAAAAGCUUAGAACCAGGGUUGUGAAACUAUUCUAUAAUUUCUGGGGGGAAAAGUAUUAUUAUAUUUUGAAAUGUAAGGUUUUAAACGUUAACGUAAAUGAACUCCGUUUUAUUUCAUAUUCACAAUCGCAUAUGUUGUAGCUUAGACCCCAUUUUACAUGAUCUAAGGUUUUGUUUUAUUGUCAAAUACACUGGAUAGGUGCAGUGAAAUGUAUUGAUUUACAGGGUCAGCCAUAGUAGUACGGCGCUCCUUUGAGAAAAUGAGGAUUAAGUGCCUUGCUCAAGAACACAUCGACAGAGUUUUCAACAUGUCGGCUCAGGUAUUCAAACCAGCGACCUUCCUGUUACUGUCCCAACGCUUUAUCCACUAGGCUACCUAACACCCAAAUGAAAUAGCACCCACCCUGUAUUCAAGAGCAUGUUGUGUCUCAACCGAUGGCAGGCACAACACAAAAAACUCAGAUGAUGUGGACUAGGGUCUGAGGUACAACAUCUGCAAAUAGAGAUACGUGCUCCAGUAGUUCAGAGAUGGAACUUGUUGAGAGUGAGGGUGUAGUACCUGCGGCGAGGACCACCAAGUUCGGGCCUCGUCCCAAGGAUGAUAAGGAUGAUUUUGGCCCAGUGGGAGUGAGAUUUGCAGAGAUAAUGGAUCCUGGCGUUUUGGUUAAUCCAUAUGUGGUGUCAGGUUGGGUGGAGGAGAGGUUGAGGACUGUUGAGUUGGUGAAGGUAACUCGGAGUGGAUUCAUGAUGAUUUAUUAUGUUUCCUCCGCCCAGAGGGAGAGGGCGCUCCGGAUUACGAGAUUAGGGACAAGAAUUGUGACGUGCUUUGCUCUCCGGAGCAGGGUGCCGUUGAAAGGAGUGAUUACGGGGGUAGCAUUAAGUGUUGAGGAGGAGCAGUUGAAAUGGAAGAUUCCCGGUGUCUGUGACGCCCAACGUUUGGUGAGCCGUAGAUCCGGUGGGGAAACGGAGAAGACAUCUGUUAUGCUGAGUUUUGAUGCAGAGUCGUUACCAGAUAAGGUCAAGGUAGGACGUGUCAGUUAUCCCAUGAGAGCUUAUGUUCUGAAAAUAUGACAAUGUUUUAGGUGUCAAGGUUGUGGGCAUAUUGCAGCAGUGUGUAGGAGGGAGAUGCAUAGAUGUGAGAAGUGUGCAGGAGGGCAUGAGAUGAAGGAAAGUGUGGUAUCAGUGCAGAAAGUUGUGUGUGUGUGUCCGGUGACUGAAGGCAGAUUGAGGUUGCCAGGGUUAGAGUAGUACAGGAAGUGUUGUAUGGGGAAGCAGUGAAGAGAGUGGUAGAGGAAGAUUGGUACCGGGUGAGGGAUCCUGAGAGGAUUCAUGUGAGUAGGCAGAGACCAAGAGAGAGUGAUGGGAAGAACAUGUGCUUCAGUAAAGUGGGAUUUUUUGCAUUUAUAGCCAUGGUUGUUAAUUGUACUGCAGAAAUUGAGGGGGUGUUGAGUGGUACUUAUAUGUCCUCUCAGACCGUUGGUCUGGAGUAGGACUAGAUAUGGUUAAAUAGUGGAAUGGGGGGUGGAUUUUUAGAGGGCUAGUAGGUGAUAGGGCAAUUUAACUUUUCCCCAAGUGUGUAUUAUUGUAUCAAAUAAUAUAAUGUAGGUAGGCCUUGAAUGGCCUCACACAUCAGUAUUGUAGGUGGCGGUGUGUGUGCACCUAAAAGUUAGAUGCGUUCCGACAACCAAAUCCCAAAGAAGAAGAAGACAAGGAAAUUUGUGAAAGUGUGUUCACGCUCAACCUGUUUGCGCUCUUUGGUGCGCCAAACGGGUCUGGUAGAUGUAUUAAUAGGCCUACAAGUGGCGUGGCGUGUAGUGUAGGCAAAGCCAAUUAAUCGACACAAAAAAGGAAUUUAUGGAUCAGCUCUGGUGAUACAUAAGUGGAUAAUGCAUAAAAAAUGUAACGUUAAUUAAGGCUAUAGAUACGGAAGCCUUGUACUGUGCAGCCACCUAAACCACGUAGUCCCAUUGAACGUAUUCUCUUUGUGUACACCGGACAAUCUUUUUUGUUGUUGUAUUUUACCCCCUUUUCGUGAUAUCCAAAAUGUUCAAUGGAAUGACGUAAGUAAUGAGGUUGGGCAGUGCAAUACUUCAGUAUCUAUAGCCUAAAUUAACGUUACAACAUAUAGCUAUCACAAUUAGUAAUUGUUAGCUAGCUAAGUACCUAUAAGGUGUCGUAUACGUAAGGUUAAGAAGAAAUGGAUAAAAGGUAUAUUUAUUUGUACGAUUGGUGUUGUGAACUAACCACGUUGGUAGCUAGCUAACCAGUUAAACAGAUGCUGUUGAUAGAUAACCUUAUAACGUUGGGUACAAAGACAAAGCAAGACCCAAGUUAUUGUAGUUAACUUAGCAGAAGUGUUAGUUAGAUCUAGGCUAGCUAACGAAUUCAUUAGGCCUGCUUUUAUUUUUAUCUGAUAUGUAAAUUAGCUACUUGAGCAACUAACGGUAGCUAGCUAGCGUUGCCUAACUUCCUUAACUGGCCAGCUGACUUAUCUAUAAGAACAUAACUAUGUCGAAUUCUUAAUUGUCAGGAGCUAACUAGCUGAAGUAGCCUAAACGUGGCCAAUUAUCUAGCUAGCUACUAGUUCAUAUGGCUGUGAGGAGCCUGACCUUGGUCUGUUAGACAGAGAUGGAUCAUAGCUAACCAAACAUUAAUCAUUAGCUAGCUUGCCAACCCACCCAAGGCACAUAGGUUGAGUGUUGUCCCUCCCACGACUUUAGUCCACUCAACAAAUGUAGCCUAACUUUCAGUAUGUAGCAAGUAGGCCUGUCUAGGUAGUGAGGAAGGUCCCUGCUAUCUCAAAUAAAGUGGAUAGGCCUGUACUUCAGAGACCUCUUACCGUUCGUCACCUGCUCUCACAAGUUAGCCUAUAACACACACUUCACUGCAUCUUUUGUUUUGGCUAGUUUAUACGUAGACUACAUUGUUGCUUUACACAUACUUUUAUAUAUGCAUGCAGUCUAGUCGAAGGCAUUUCAAGUACAGUAAAGUAACAGUUCCUUAGGCAGAGAUAAAACUAGGCCUAUGGAAAAUGUGCAAUGGGGAGGAACGUAUCAUCUGUUGCAACAUGUCCUUUAGGUUGACUCUACUCCUUUGGAAUGCACCCACCUGUCAGUGCCAAUAUGGGCCAUUCACAUCUGUAUUAUGAUUGGUUGCUCAGCCUUUCUUUCAUAUUCAGCCAGACCACUGUGUUUAUAACCCUGCUAGUCUUGUUCCCAGCCAUAACAUGUUCUAUCACUACUCCACAGGUGCUGGUUGCCGGUUUGUGUCAUCUUGUUGAUGGAACUCCAAGGUAUUAAUAUCAGUCAUACGUUAUGUUGUUGUUUGUUCUGAUUCUGCAUGUGCAACACGGCAUAUUGAUGUCUGUGUCAGAUGGAUUCAUUGGAGGCUAAUUUUGAUAUCUGUGUUUUGUAGUCUCUUCACAGGAGAGAGUUGAAGGUUUUACAAGAGGGAAGGUUAUUUUACCAUGUCGGUACAAUGCGAUGCCUAUUGAAGAGGUCACCAUAUUUUGGCGAUACAAGGAUGACCGUAAUGUCUACAAUAUUGUCAGUGGAAAAGCAGACUUGAAAGACCAAGACCGUCAGUUCAGAGACAGAACCAGGAUGUUCCCUGAGGAAUGGGCAAAGGGCAACUUCUCUCUCCUACUGACUGAUCUCAAGGACAGCGAUAGUGGGAGUUAUUCAUGUUUCAUACCAACAAUGAACAUUCUUCGUCAAGUGGAACUUUCGGUUCAAGGUUUGCAUUACAACCAAGUUUAACAUACAAUUAAUUGAGAAUGGUCAUGAUUCAGCCUUAGCUUAUCUAUACAGUAUUGGAAUUUCCAUUAACAGUUUUAAGAAGUUGAUGAUACCGUAUGAUAACUCAAGGAAAAUGCAUUGUUAUUUCUUGAACUGCAUUGUUGGUUAAGGGCUUGUAAGUAAGCAUUUCACGGUAAGGUCUACACCUGUUGUAUUCGGCGCAUGUGACAAAGAGAAUUUGGUUUGAUUUGAUUUGAAAUGUCCCUCUUUAUUUUACAGAGAAACCAACUCCUGAGCCUAAAGUUGAUCCUAGGAGCAGCAGCAUGAGUAUCAGAGAGCUGAACCAGAGCCUCUUACUGUUUCUCCUCCUCAGUCCAACUCUCCACUUCCUUUGACUUACAGCACAGAAAUUGGUCUUUGUGCCACUUAUGAGACUGUUGACAAGUUCUGAGUGUUUAAACUGCUGAAAUACGUAUUUAUUCUGACAUGUAUGUAAUAGGAGACUGCAAAUAUACCUCUUGCUAGAACCACCUUUCAAGAGGUGAGGGAAAAAGUUUUUCCAAAUUGCCUGUAGUCACAGUGUGUUUACUGAUAGAACCACAGUAACUGCACUUAUGUAAGUUUUGCUUUUUGUCAACUAUAUUUAAUGCACUUUUAAUACAAUAUUUAUUGCUGAGUAAAUGCAUAAUAUUUUUUUUAAACCAGGGUCAUAUGUUAAAUCGAAAUUGGAAAUUGGAAAUGGCAUAGAAAUAGGAUUUUGUCAGUGUGUCCCUCUUGUCAACAAGAUGCAGGUUUACUUACCAAGUUAUUGAAAUAUCUCCAGAUCAGUCAUUAAUAUUGUACUACCAAAUGACAGAUGUUUUGUUGAGAACUUGAGAUUGAACAUGUGCUGCACAGUGAAAAUGUUAUUUCAGUCAACCUUUCAAUUAGAAAGUUGAUUACUUGGACACCACAGUGUUAUUAAAGGAAACAUAUUCACUUCCUCAAUGCUCUUCAUUAAAGAGUGUUUCUUUUAGCUUUUUGCAAACUAUGGUUUGAUCAUGUGGUUGCACAGUGUGUUCAGACAGAUGUCUGUUAGGAGGAAGUCAUUUCAGUCUCAGAUUUAUCACAGCUCUGAAGAUGUCGAGGAUUGUUGCCUGUCUGUUCUGUAAGACCAUUUAUUUUUCUUAUCUUAUUUAUUUGACAUUCAAUUUACAAUAAAUGAAGUGUCUCAUGGAUUAUUUUCUUCUUAGGUGUUUUAAAACUGUGUGUUGGAGCUGAGGCUUUGACAGAGACACUGGUAGAACUUGGACACAAUGCAACUCUGAACUGUUCUCUUACUGUAAAUAAUGUACACUGGUACAUACAGCACCAACUACAGCCUCCACUGGCCAUACUCCGCUCUUUCACUAGUAGUAGUCCUGCUGCUUUUUAUUACAAUAAUCAUUUUAGACAGAAAUAUUCAUUAGAAACAGGAAAUCGAUUGUUAAUACAGAAUGUAACAGUAGAUGAGAAUGGAGUGUACUACUGUGCAAAGAAAGAAAGAGAGAUUCUCCUAUUCAGCAAUGGAACCAGACUCAUGACCACUGGUAAGUGCACAUUUUAUUCAAUGAUCAACAUACUAUAUUUUGUGUAAAAUAUAAUUUUGUGAAGUGUUUUUGUUCAUGUUUAACGCAGCAAGGUGCAAGACCACUACAGACAUUUUACAUCCACUUUGAGUAACAUAACUCAAAGUGGAUGUAGGCUAUACAUAUUUUCCAUAACCCUGCAGGUCUCAAAUCAAUGAAUGAAACAAGAAACACAAGUUUGAAGCUCCGUAAGUGGUUAUGUGUUUAUAAUUUUUCUACUGAUUUAAUUGUGACUUGAAUAGUCUGGAAGGUGUUUUAAUGAGUGUAAAUAUAUUGUGCUUAUUUAGGCUAUCAAAUGUUGUUGAAAUAAAAUGCAGUACAUAAUUUUUAUUUUUUUUGCCAAUUUCAGUUGAUCCUGAAGCCUCAGAGAAACCCAGAGACUUCAACACAAUGUGGUUAAAAGGUCUUCUCAUUGGAUCUGGGGUCUUGAAUGCAGUUCUCAUUUUAUUGGUGUCAGGUGUGUUUCUACACUCUUAAAAUGGGGUUUGUUAGUAACCUAGUAACAUAUUGGUGGUACUGUGUGGCUCAGUUGGUAGAGCAUGGCACUUGCAUCGCCAGGGUUGUGGGUUUGAUUCCCGGUGCCACCCAUACGUAAAAUGUAUGCACUCAUGACUGUAAGUCGCUUUGGUUAAAAGUGUCUGCUAAAUGGCAUAUUAUUUUAUUUAUUAUCUAAAACUUUUCUUUAGACUGGAUACCUUUCCUGCCUUUACAUGUAAUGUUAGGACUAUCUGUUCCUGUACUUUUGUCUGCAUGCAGACCCAAAACCCACUGCAAUAUGUAAGAUGUUACUCAGUGAUGUGUGAUCACAAUAGUCUAUACUAAUUCCAUCUAUAUGGGUAAUCUUAGCCAUUUUAGUGCUGUGGAAGAGAGCUGCUUGCCAGAAGAACCAUGACUCUCCUCCAACUCCUGAACCACCUGAAAGGGCAGACGGGCCAGAGGUCAGUAUCUACAUUUGUAGUGGGAAUAUGGAUAUCUGUAUCUGUAGUGGGAAUAUGGAUAUCAUAACAUGUCUACAUUUAUGAGGGACAGGUGGUUUACACUCAUAUCCACAUUGUUUUUCAGUAUUGCUUGAUACAGCUGGUACCCCCACCAAGAGGACCAAGGCCAGACCGCAUAGCCUCAACUAUUUACUCCAGAGUUCAGUUUCCAAAUCCGGAACUCACAACUAGUGCUUAAUAAGGUGCCAAAUCUGUAUCUACCCUUCCUCUUCAGUCUGGGUUUAAUAUAUCUGGGCUAUUAUGAUAAUAGUUAUGACUUUGGUGGAUAAUGUGAACUACAAUAUGACUUUGGUAGAUAAUGUGAAUCAACUGUGAAUAUUCAUAUCUUUGUAUACAGUAUAUAAUGCUGCUCUUUGUCACUAUGGUCUUUAUACCAGUCAGCAAUAUCUUUCAAGGAAAUUGUUACUUUUGUGUCUUGAUUCAUGUUUUUCAUUAUUCAUUGCUGGAAAUAAGUUUUCAUUUGUGCCUGUCUUGAAAGUAAAUAUUCUCUUUUUUUGUGAAACAGUGAGGAAGAGGUUUGUGUAUUUCUGUAGAAAAAGCCCCCAAGGCUUUUGUAGUGUAUUGAUGAUGCAUCAACCACACAUAUCCUGUUUGAGAGCUUAGCCGCUUACUGAGCAGCACACGUGUCCCAAUUAUUGUACAAUUUACAAUUUUUAAUACUGACUUUUUCAAGCAUUCAAUUAAAGUUGGAAAUGUUAAGUUCAUUAAAGAGCCAACUGCAUGUGCCCUAUAACACCUUUGUGAGUAGAAAGUAGUGGUUGGUAUAUUUUAGUUGUUUAAGUUAAGACCACUGUAAGAAAGGUCAUGUCAGUGUGCUGCACUUUUUUCAAACAUCAGUGUGUUGCACGUUUUUCAAACUCUUCAUGAAAAAUACAACAUUAAAUCUCUGUUUUGGAAUAAACC